UCCGGGAGGCGGACGCGCUUCCGGGGUCGUGUCCGCAGGCGUGCUGGGAGGACGGGGGUCGUCUGAGCGACGCGGCCGCAGCGCCAUGUUCCUGACCGCCCUCCUCCGCCGCAACCGCAUUCCUGGCAGGCAGUGGAUGGGGAAGCACCGGCGGCCGCGCUCCGUGUCCUUCCAUGCGAAGCAGAACCUGGUCCGUCGCCUGGAGAUAGAGGCGGAGAACCACUACUGGCUGAGCAGGCCCUUCCUCACCGCCGAGCAGGAGUUCGGCCACGCGGCGGCGCGCCGGGCGGCGGCCUUCGAGGCCAUCAAGGCGGCCGGCAUGUCCAAGGCCCCCCCCCACAGAUUCGUGGGAGACCAGCUCGAGCAUCUCAAUGUCACCAAGAAGUGGUCCUGACCCGCCUUUCGGUUGGACAAGUCGCAGGGCUGCCGCCGCCGCCGUGACUCCGUACCGGAAGUGGAAAGCUAACCUCUAGGAAAACAGCCUUCGGACCAGAUUCUUAACAGCAAACAGGAACCUGGUGGUGUGCAUGUAGUCCCUGGGGCUCCGCCUUCUUUACUUUUUCCGAGUCUGAUCCCUGCAGUAUUGUUUCCUUUUUUUUUUUUUUU